AUGAGUCUUCUGGUCAACGUCCUGUCGCGCCAUUCCGACCUCUCGUCGAUCCCUCCGCGCGGUACGCGUCGCGCCGAUAUGGGAUUGUGGCGCACACGGGACGGUAAAUUCAUCUGCACGACCGACAUGGAGCCGCGCUACUGGGCGAUUUUUUGUGAAACCGUGGGGCGCCCCGAUUUCGUCGCGCUGCAGAACGAUGUCGAGAGCAGGCCGGAAAUCCGGUCCGCGCUGGAGGCGAUCUUUCGUGAACGUGAUCUGGACGAAUGGCUCGCGAUCCUGGGGGCCGCCGGAACGCAAUUCGCGCCCGUACAUUCGAUCGGCGAAGCGCUCGAAGAUCCGCACAAUAAGGCCCGGGGCAUGGCGCUUUCAUACCAGGGCGCCGGCGGACGAACCGUGCGCCAGAUCGGCCAGCCAGUGCGCUUCGGGCAGGAAAGCCCCGUACGUUGGCUGGGCCGUGCGCCUGGCGCGGACACCGAAGCACUUUUGGAGGACAUCGGCCUAUCGAAAGCCGAAAUCGAGACCCUGCGGACGACCGGCGCCCUUGGCGAGUUCCAGCUCACCUACUCGACAAGCUAUUCGCCGACCCAUCCCUAUGGCGCCGCGGACGAGCAGUGGAUCGAACGCAUCCAGGACCAAACCGACGGACGCGUCGCGAUCACUCCGUUCUGGGGCGGUUCGCUGAUCACCAGCCGUGAAGGUGUGGACGAAUUGGCCGCCGGCGUUGCCGACAUUGCUUUCAUUGCCCCGAUCUACGCAAGCUCGGGCUAUGACCUGAGCCGCCUCACGCCGCAAUUCUUUUAUGGCUAUGAGGAUGCCCAGGACGUUCUGGGCGUCUAUCUCGAUCUGUGGGAAGAAUAUCCCCAGUUUGCCGAGGAACUCGAUGGCGUCAAGGUUCUGGGGUUCAACGCGGGUACGCCCAUGCAUCUGAUGCUGCGCGAGCAGCCGUUCGAAGAGCUCGCCGAUCUGCAGGGCCUGCGCAUCCGCUCUGCUGUGGACUAUGUCGGCGCGCUGGCAAACUUUGGCGCCGAGGGCGUCACCAUGCCCAUGGCCGAGACCUAUCCCUCGCUGCAACGCGGCGUACUGGACGGGGUGAUA